AUGGGUAGGGCCGUUACUAAUAGGGUUCGGAACCAAAGACAUGACCCAUUGUUGAAUGAUCUUGCUUCUCAGCAUGGUAAUUUAAGGCUGUCAAAGAAAAAAGUGGUUUCUGAUGGAGAGGAUGAUAAAGAUGAAGAGUAUGUUGAUGCUCAGGCAUCGCGGAAGAUUCUGCAAUUAGCUAGAGAGCAACAGCAAGAGAUUGUUGAUGAGGCAGAGGUUGCUGUUCAGAAUGAAUCUAUGAAUAGAUUUCGUGUGGCCGACUAUGGACUAGACGAGUCCUCAGAUGACGAGGAUAUGGCAGGCGGGAACAUAUCUGACUUUGAGCCUGAGGAUCAAGGAAUAGUAGAGGAGGAAGAACAGGAAGAGGUUAUUGAGAUAGACGAGGGUGAUGCUGCGAUGUUUGAUCAAUAUUUUAAAAAGGCAUCAGACUACAAUUCUAUGAAUGGUACAUAUAUUCUGGCAGAUAAAAUCAUGGCUGCAAUUAGAGAAAAAGAGAUGGAGAUGAAUAUGAAGUUGCAAGCUGCGGAGGGUGAAACGGGGCAAGUUUUGAGGCCGAAGGACGGUGUCGAGCUUCCUCCCAAGGUAAUCAAGGCGUAUACCACAGUGGGCAGUAUUUUGAAAACUUGGACACAUGGAAAGCUUCCAAAGUUAUUCAAGGUUAUUCCAUCGUUGAAUAAUUGGGAGGACGUACUUUACGUAACUAAUCCGGAUCAGUGGUCACCUCAUGUUGUUUAUGAGGCCACAAAGUUAUUCGUUUCUAAUCUUUCUUCAAAGGGAGCUCAGAAAUUCAUCAAUCUAGUUUUGUUGGAAAGAUUCCGUGAGAAUAUAGAGACAUCUGAGGAUCAUUCAUUAAAUUACCACAUAUAUCGUGCUUUGAAGAAGUCUCUAUACAAACCUGCUGCUUUUUUCAAAGGUUUCUUAUUCCCAUUGGUGGAAGGUGGCUGCAAUGUCCGUGAGGCUACUAUAGCUGGUAGUGUAUUAGCUAAGAUUUCUGUACCAGCGCUACAUUCUUCUGCUGCAUUAAGUUAUUUACUAAGACUACCCUUUUCCCCAGCGACGACUGUGUUCAUCAAAAUUCUAUUAGAGAAGAAAUAUGCUUUGCCAUAUCAAACUGUUGAUGAAUGUGUCUUUUAUUUCAUGCGGUUCAGGGUCCUCGAUGAUGGAAGUAACGGCGAAGACAGCACCAGAGUGCUUCCUGUCAUCUGGCAUAAGGCUUUCUUGUCUUUUGCCCAACGUUAUAAAAACGAUAUUACCCAAGAUCAGAGAGAUUUCCUAUUAGAAACAGUUCGUCAAAGAGGCCAUAGGGACAUUGGUCCAGAAAUAAGAAGGGAGUUGUUGGCUGGACAUAGCAGGGAAUUUGUAACUGAUAUUGGAAACAAGGAUUCCUUGAUGAUUGACAUUCAAUAA